AUAGCACCGACAAUGUUCUCUUCUCAACUCUUGUACAUUUCGAUAGAAUUGAUGAGAAUUUUGCAAACAUGACAAUUAGUCUAACAGUGGCAACAUCUGGCAUGAGAAAUGGAACAAAUGUCACUUGCAUUACUUUAGUUGGGAAUGAUGUGUGUAACAUGACUGCUACCAUCUAUGUUACAGAUGUGCCUAAAUCUAUUAAAGCAGUAGGUCGUUGUAAACCGAGAGAAGGACACAGUAGUACUAGAGCUAGGAGAUAUGUUUGAUGGAGGAGGAGUUCCAAUUGAUCACUACAUUAUUCAAGUGGACAAUGGCACACAGUUGGAAACUC